CCGGCUCUCCGGCGGCAGCAAGUGCCACGUCCCAAGUGCUAAGCGGAGGAGCGGAGCGGGCGGUUGGCGGGGGGCGGGGAACAGCGCGGAGCCCGACCCGGCCACACUGAUCGCCCGCCGCCAUGGGCUCUUCCCAGAGCGUCGAGAUUCCAGGCGGGGGCACGGAAGGAUACCACGUCCUGCGGGUACAAGAAAAUUCCCCAGGACAUAGAGCUGGACUGGAGCCGUUCUUUGAUUUCAUUGUUUCUAUUAAUGGUUCGAGAUUAAAUAAAGACAAUGAUACUCUUAAAGAUCUACUGAAAGCAAAUGUUGAAAAGCCUGUAAAAAUGCUUAUCUACAGUAGUAAAACACUGGAGCUGCGAGAGACCUCAGUCACCCCAAGUAACAUGUGGGGCGGUCAGGGCUUGCUGGGCGUGAGCAUUCGUUUCUGCAGCUUUGACGGAGCAAAUGAAAACGUUUGGCACGUGUUGGAGGUGGAGCCAAAUUCUCCUGCAGCACUGGCCGGUCUUAGACCUCACAGUGAUUAUAUCAUCGGAGCAGAUACUGUCAUGAAUGAGUCUGAAGAUCUGUUCAGCCUUAUUGAAUCACAUGAAGCAAAACCAUUGAAACUUUAUGUGUAUAAUACAGACACUGAUAACUGUCGCGAAGUGAUGAUUACCCCAAAUUCUGCUUGGGGUGGAGAAGGCAGCCUAGGAUGUGGCAUUGGAUAUGGUUAUUUGCAUCGAAUACCUACACGCCCCUUUGAAGAAGGGAAGAAAAUUUCUCUUCCAGGACAGAUGACGGGUACACCUAUUACACCUCUUAAAGAUGGGUUUACAGAGGUCCAGCUGUCCUCAGUGAACCCCCCGUCUUUGUCACCACCAGGAACUGCAGAGAUUGAACAGGGUCUGUCUGGGCUUUCUAUUAGCUCGACUCCACCAGCUGUCAGUAAUGUACUCAGUACAGGUGUACCAACAGUACCAUUAUUGCCAGCACAAGUAAACCAGUCCCUUGCUUCUGUGCCGUCAAUGAACCCAGCUACUACAUUACCCGGUCUGAUGCCUUUGCCAGCAGGACUGCCUAACCUGCCCACCCUCCCCAACCUCAACCUCCCCACACCGCACGUCCUGCCCAGCGUCAGCCUCCCAGAGCUCGUGAACCCAGGUUUGCCGCCACUGACUUCCUUGUCUUCCCGAAACUUCCCUGGCAUUGCAGCUCUUCCCAUGCCGUCCGAGUUCCUCCCGUCAUUCCCUUUGGUUCCAGAGGUCUCUUCCACAGCAGCUUCAGGGGAGCUGCUGUCCUCCCUGCCACCCACCAGCAGCCCACCCUCCGACCCUGUCACGACCACUGCGAGGGCAGACGCUGCCUCAGCACUCACUCUGGAUGUGACGCUUCCAACUUCCAAGGCACCCGUCACUGUGGAGGACAGAGUCAGCGAAUCCACCCCAGCCAGCGAGAAGCCUGCUUCUGCGGUAACGGAUGCAAAUGCCUCUGAGUCCCCUUAACUUGGAACCACCCCCGGAGUCGGCGUGGCGUCCCUAUUUAACCAUGGAAGCGAGUCUGGGAACGCAAACUAUCAUUAAUUUCAUACUAGUUUGUACCGUAUCUGUAGGCGUCCUGUAAAUAAUUCUAAGGGGAAAACAAGUAAGAGGAGCUGGGAUUGUACCCUGCUGAGUCAGGGUGGGUUCAUGGGCUGGGGAGGGAAAUGUCUGAAAGUGCUUUUAUUUUAAAACAACCAAAAAGAAUUGCAAGGGUGGCUUGCUGCCAGGUUUCCACUGCCAUUCUUGGGGGUGUGCAUCUUGAGAAAGGUGGUGACAGGGUGUCUCCUAGUGUCCCUGUCCCUCUGCUGCUUCUCUGUAAGAAAAUGAAAUAUUUUCUGCCUAGUACUCACAUGGAACAUUUCUUGUAUUUUGUAAAUCGUUUGCGAGAAUGCAGACCAGCUCACUAAACCGUGAAAGGAAGAUAUUUUACUUUUUGUCUCCGUGAGUCAUAUCUCUAUUAAGGUUUACACAAAAAUUCCAACUAAAGAUGUUUGUUAAAGUUACACAGCGUGCACUAUUAACUGAACAUCUUUUUAUUCAGCCUAUACACAGAUCCUUGUUUUGAGCUCUCAGAAUUACUCAGACAACAUUUUGUAACUGCUGCUGUCGCUUUGUACAUCCACCAUAAAAUGGCAUUUAAAAAGAAAGAGAGGAGGGGUUGCACAGUUUUAAACCAAAAGGUGGCACUUUGUGGCUACUUAAAAUUACAGCUAUACUGGGAAAGCAUAGACACAGCAAUAAAUUACAGCAAUGUGACUUCCCUUCUUGUGGUUUGUUUAAAUUGCAACCCCUGACGGCCGCACGGGCACUUGUUACCCUCCGGUGUGGCGCGCAUCUUCAGUGUCAUUUUCAUGUGGUAAUGUUUGCUUUCUCCUAAGUUUUCUAAAAGAUAAGUGGAAUUGAUUUAUGGAAUGAAAUUAAAUGUGUAUUAUAUCUCUUUUUUAAAUGAGACGAAAGUAGUUCAUUGGUUAUUGGCCUGAUACUAGCAUGAGCGAGGCUAAGAGAGCCGCACCUAUGGCUGCGACCACUCGGCUGGAAGCCGGAGUUACCAGCUGCAGCCCAGAGCCUCCGCCAGGAGGCUCAGCGCAAGCCAGUUUCUAGAAUGUGUCCAUUUCUGGAUCCGGGUUCAUAUUUUAAAUGGUCAGCGACUCUAGCUCUAAUCAUAGCAUCUUCUGUUUACAUUAUAAGUAUUUCUAGAAUAGGACUCCCAUUUAAUCGGUUUUCUGGGUUUUUUUUAAAGCUUAUAACAUGUAGAGAAAAUAUUCACAGGUACAUUAAAUGUUAACAUUUUUUACUUUCCAGGACAGGAAAAAUUGAUUACGUUAUUCCUUUCUAAAGCAUGC